CAUCUGACUCUGUUCUUGCUGCUCAAGUACCAUCUCCUUCUUUUUUUCUUAAAUUCUUUUUGGUGAUGAGCCUGACCGGCUUGCUGGCAAGACCGAUUUCUGCUUGACGAAUUCACGUUCACUUUACUUUGCUGUUUGACACUUGACUCUCACUGAAAGAGCCGUGCCUUCUCUCACUUCUUGUUUCUGCUGCAUCAAAUCUCCUCUCCAGUUUUUCCCAGCUCCAAGCUAUGGACUCAGCAUCCUCCACCGUGGCCGCGUCGUUCACCUCGACGUCCCACGCCUCCCUCGAGGCGGAGUCCAAGUUCCUGACGCGCACUCGCCUCCUCCGCCUCAUUCGCCUGGGGCUGGCGAUCCUUAUCUUCUGCGUGGCGAUCCCGACCAUUGCCUGCGAGGCCGUGGCCCUGCACCACUACCGCCAGACCUCGCGCUACAGCCAAGUCUGGCUCUACCUGUGGCCGCUGAACCUGGACCUGCGCCCGGCCAAGGCCCUGCUCGCCUGCGGCAGUGUGAUCGCGUUCCAGACCCUCAUCUACAUCAUCUCGGCCCUUCUUCCAUCGCCCCACUCCCACAUCCGCCGGCUAAACCUCCUCGCCGCAGUCACGGCACUCUCGGGCUUCAUCACGGCUCUCGUGGGGUUCGUGUUCGUGAUCUACCGCCCCGGUGCGGAGGGCCGCAACGGGUUCCACGACACCGAGACCCUCCAUUCGUGGACGUGCAAGUGGAAGACGUCUUCGGGUAGUAGUAGCAGCAGUAGCAGUAGUAACGUCCCGGCGCAUUUCGCGCGGGACUGCGCGGUGACCCAUGCCUCGUUUGUGUUGCUGGGGGUGCUGAUCGGGCUGGAGAUCGUGAUGGGCGUCGUCGCGACGGCGGGGCUGUGGCUGGAGCGGAAUGUGUCGCGGCAGCGGGUGACGGAGAAGCCGUCGUUGGAGAUGGUGGGGAUGGUGGAUACCAAGGUUGAUCGGUAUCCGGGGACUUGAGAGGUGGUCUGGCUGUACGACGAAUAUUGUUGAUGAUGGCUGAUGAAUGGGGCUUCCUCCAGCACGGUAUCAAAGGGUAUGCAUGUAUGUAUUGUUGGAUCGGAUGGGAUAUAGCGAAUGCUCGUUGGAUACAGAUUUGUAUGUGCUAGUCUGACAUU